AGCUUCCGGAAAUCUCGUGGUUCCCCGAGAAUCCGUGAGGCAUCAGAGUGAUCGAAACAAGCCGAUAUUCACGUUUAUUGAUCAGCUCCGAGGAUCAAAUCCGCUUCGGGGGGUUUAAACAGGUUCACAACAUGUCCGACAGCGACGACAGCGACUUCUCCGACAACCAGAGCGAGCGCAGCAGCGAUGGAGAGGCGGAGGAGGUGGAGGAGAACGAGGAGGAAGCUGCCAGCCCUGUGGGCAGUGAUAAGGUAGCGGAGGAGGAGGGCGAGGACCUGGAGGACGAGGAGGAGUAUGACGAAGAGGAGGAGGAGGAUGACGAUGACCGUCCGAGGAAGAAGCCGAGACAUGGAGGAUUCAUCCUGGACGAAGCCGAUGUGGACGACGAGUAUGAGGAUGAGGACGAGCAGUGGGAGGAAGGAGCCGAGGACAUCCUGGAGAAAGAGGAGGCUGAAGUGUCCAACAUUGACCACGUGGUUCUGGAUGAAGAUCACUCCGGGUCCAGGCGGCUGCAGAACCUCUGGAGAGACUCCAGGGAGGAGGCGCUGGGCGAAUACUACAUGAGGAAAUACGCCAAGUCGUCGGGAGGCGAACAUUACUCCGGAGGGUCCGAGGAGCUCUCUGAUGACAUCACCCAGCAGCAGCUACUUCCUGGAGUCAAGGAUCCGAAUCUGUGGACGGUCAAGUGCAAAAUCGGGGAGGAGCGAGCGACGGCCAUCGCGCUGAUGAGGAAAUUCAUCGCCUACCAGUUCACUGACACGCCGCUCCAGAUCAAGUCGGUGGUGGCGCCGGACCACGUCAAGGGCUACAUCUACGUGGAGUCGUACAAGCAGACCCACGUCAAGGCCGCCAUCGAGGGCAUCGGCAACCUGAGGAUGGGCUUCUGGAACCAGCAGAUGGUCCCCAUCAAGGAGAUGACGGACGUCCUGAAGGUGGUCAAGGAGGUCACCAACCUGAAGCCCAAGUCGUGGGUGAGGCUGAAGAGAGGCCUGUACAAGGACGACAUCGCUCAGGUGGAUUACGUGGAGCCCAGUCAGAACACCAUCUCCCUGAAGAUGAUCCCUCGGAUAGACCUGGACCGCAUCAAGGCCAAGAUGAGUCUGAAAGACUGGUUCGCCAAGAGGAAGAAGUUCAAGAGGCCCGCUCAGAGGCUGUUCGACGCUGAGAAGAUCCGGUCUCUGGGAGGAGAGGUUAGCCACGACGGAGACUUCAUGAUCUUCGAGGGGAACCGAUACAGCCGCAAAGGGUUCCUGUUCAAGAGCUUCGCCAUGUCGGCUGUGAUUACAGACGGAGUGAAGCCGACUCUGUCCGAGCUGGAGAAGUUCGAGGAUCAGCCGGAGGGAAUCGACCUGGAGGUGGUGACGGAGUCCGGUAAAGAGCGCGAACACAACCUGCAGGCCGGCGACAACGUGGAGGUCUGCGAGGGCGAGUUGAUCAACCUGCAGGGAAAGAUCCUGAGCGUCGACGGCAACAAGAUCACCAUCAUGCCCAAACACGAGGAUCUCAAGGAUCCCCUCGAGUUCCCGGCGCACGAGUUGAGGAAGUACUUCCGGAUGGGCGACCACGUGAAGGUGAUCGCCGGCCGCUACGAGGGCGACACUGGGCUCAUCGUCAGGGUGGAGGAGAACUUUGUCAUCCUGUUCUCCGACCUCACCAUGCACGAGCUGAAGGUUCUGCCCAGAGACCUGCAGCUCUGCUCAGAAACGGCGUCCGGCGUCGACGCUGGCGGGCAGCACGAGUGGGGCGAGCUGGUCCAGCUGGACCCUCAGACGGUCGGGGUCAUCGUUCGCCUGGAGAGGGAGACCUUCCAGGUGCUCAACAUGCACGGGAAGGUUCUGACGGUCCGGCACCAAGCGGUGAACCGCCGGAAGGACAACCGGUUCGCCGUGGCGCUGGACUCGGAGCAGAACAACAUCCACGUCAAGGACAUCGUCAAAGUGAUCGACGGGCCGCACUCCGGCCGUGAAGGUGAAAUCCGCCACCUGUUCAGGGGCUUCGCUUUCCUGCACUGCAAGAAGCUGGUGGAGAACGGAGGCAUGUUCGUCUGCAAGACCAGACACCUGGUGUUGGCCGGAGGCUCCAAGCCCAGAGACGUGACCAACUUCACGGUGGGAGGCUUCGCUCCGAUGAGUCCUCGGAUCAGCAGCCCGAUGCACCACGGAGGAGGAGGCGCUCAGCAGCGAGGCGGCGGCGGCGGCGGGAUGGGGCGUGGCCGAGGCCGGCGGGACAACGAGCUGAUUGGUCAGACGGUCCGCAUCUCUCAGGGCCCCUACAAAGGUUACAUCGGCGUGGUGAAGGACGCCACCGAGUCGACGGCCCGAGUCGAGCUGCACUCCACCUGCCAGACCAUCUCCGUGGACCGGCAGCGCCUCACCACCAUGGGAGCCAAGCGCCACAGCGGCACCACGUCCGCCCACGGCCGGACUCCUGUCUACUCAUCCCAGACCCCGAUGUACGGAACCGGGUCCAGAACGCCGAUGUACGGAUCCCAGACGCCGCUACACGACGGAAGUCGGACGCCUCACUACGGCUCUCAGACCCCGCUGCAUGAUGGGAGCCGGACGCCGGGUCAGAGCGGCGCCUGGGACCCCAGCAACCCCAACACGCCUUCCAGGAACGAGGAAGAGUACGACUUCCCGUACGACGACGAGCCCUCGCCGUCGCCGCAGGGCUACGGAGGGACGCCGAACCCCCAAACCCCGGGAUACCCGGAGGUCCCGUCUCCACAGGUCAACCCCCAGUACAACCCGCAGACGCCCGGGACGCCGGCCAUGUACAACACUGAGCAGUAUUCUCCGUACGCUGCUCCGUCCCCUCAGGGCUCCUACCAGCCCAGUCCCAGCCCUCAGAGCUACCACCAGGUGGCGCCCUCACCCGUCGGCUACCAGAACACGCACUCACCAGCCAGCUACCACCCCACGCCCUCCCCCAUGGCCUAUCAGGCCAGCCCCAGCCCGAGUCCUGUCGGCUACAGCCCCAUGACGCCCGGAGCGCCCUCUCCUGGAGGCUACAACCCCCACACCCCGGGCUCCAACAUCGAGCAGGGCAGCAGCGACUGGGUCACCACCGACAUCCUGGUCCGGGUCAAGGACUCCUUCAUGGACCUGAUGGGCCAGAUGGGCAUCAUCCGGAGCGUCACGGGAGGGAUGUGUUCGGUGUUCAUGCAGGAGUCGGAGAAGGUGGUCAGCAUCAGCAGCGAUCACCUGGAGCCCGUCACCCCCACCAAGAACAACAAGGUGAAGGUGAUCCUGGGAGAAGACCGCGAGGCCACCGGCAUCCUGCUCAGCAUCGACGGCGACGACGGCAUCGUGCGCAUGGAGCUGGACGACCAGCUGAAGAUCCUCAACCUGAGGUUCCUGGGCCGCCUCGAGCACUGAGGGGGGACGCACUGAGCACGUGCAGCGGGAACCACGCGCUGAAGACUCGCGAGAACGCAGUCGGCCACACAAAGACGGAGACGGGUUUCGUUAAUCUGGUUUUUAUUACUUUAGGAGCCAAAACCGGCCACGUCCAGCGUAUGAACUCCCACCGGCAGGCGGAGCAGGAACACGGCAGACUCUGUGUGGACGUCUCUUCAUUUAUUUUAUACCUUCUGUUAGCUUUAUUUUUCUUCUAGUGGUCUGAAUCUGGUUUUAGUGCUUUUCAAUGUCCUGUCAGUACUUUUCUGGGUGCAGGAAGGUUUAAAAAGAAACAAACGUGUAACAUGUCAAUAAACUGUGAACCAGU